AAAACGUUUCAGCCGCGAAUCGAGAAAGACGUGAAAAAUCAAAGAGUUUAAUUCUGUGUGUGUGAUCAAUCCGUGAUUAAAUAGCAAAGCUUUGUUUCUUUCGUUCUUUCGCAUCGUAGAUGUCCGUUGUUCCUCUUAUGUUCCGUGACUGGUGGGAUGAGCUCGACUUUCCAAUGCGCACCUCGCGCCUCUUGGAUCAGCACUUUGGACAGGGUCUGAAGCGUGACGAUCUCUUGUCGUCCGUCUGGAACUCUCGCCCCACAGUUCUGCGCUCUGGUUAUCUGCGUCCAUGGCAGCGAUCGGCCAACAGCCUGCAGAAGCAGGAGUCUGGCUCCACGCUGAACAUUGAUAGCGAGAAAUUCGAGGUUAUUCUGGAUGUGCAGCAGUUCUCCCCCAACGAGAUUACCGUCAAGGUUGCGGACAGAUUUGUCAUUGUCGAGGGCAAGCAUGAGGAGAAGCAGGACGAGCAUGGCUUUGUCUCCCGUCAAUUCUCCAGACGUUACCAGCUUCCCAGUGAUGUCAAUCCAGAUUCAGUCACCUCAUCGCUGUCCUCCGAUGGUCUGUUGACCAUCACAGCUCCCAUGAAGAAACUGCCUCCGCCUCCAACUGAGCGCCUGGUGCAGAUCACACAGACUGGCCCCUCUUCCAAGGAGGAUAAUGCCAAGAAGGUGGAAACCACAACUCCCUAAAUGCCACAGAGAUCUAGCUUUCUUAAAAGCCUCUCGAUAAAACUGAAUUUUUUAUACCGAUUUGAGAACUAGUUAGUAUUGUAUCAUAUAAUCUAUAAUAUUAUAUUUGAAUUUUUUACAUAAUAUACGAAUAUACAAAUUUA